CAUCUCAUGUCAGCACGUUGCAUUGGCCCAAGGCUCGUUCGUGCAAGCGCGCUGAUUUUAACAUGUCAACCACAAGUCUUGAAAUGUUUAAAUAAAAAGGAUGAAGUCUUUCGCAAUUCAUCAAGUUGACCCCCGUCCUUUGAUGAUACAACCCCGUAGGCGAACAACUUCCUCAACAUUCCCUCACUUCUAAUCAUCACACUGCGGAUUAUCCCCCCCCUUACCCAGGAUGCAUGUCAUUCUUACCGGCGCUACGGGCCUGGUAGGCUCGGGCGUGUUAGACACGAUGAUCAAAAUGAAAGACAUCACCAAAAUCUCGAUCAUCACCCGGAGACCUGUCCAAAUGGCAGAAGAUGCAAAGGACCCAAGGAUAAACGUGAUUAUCCAUAAAGACUACGAAAAGUACGACGCGGAGCUGCUCGAAAAACUCAAGGGCGCAAAGGGAUGUGUCUGGGCUCUAGGCAUUAGCCAAACCCAAGUUACUGCUGAGGAGUACGUCAAGAUCACCAAGACGUAUGCGCUAGAAGCCGCAAAGGCCUUCAAGGACCUGGCAUCCGAGGAGCAGCCGUUCAACUUUGUCUACGUAUCAGGCAGCGGCGCGACGACGGAGCCCGGGCGGUUCUCUGCCAUCUUCGCGCGGGUCAAGGGGGAGACGGAGCUGGCUCUCGCGGAACUGCGCAGGCAGUAUCCAAACCUGCACGCCAGCUCCGUGAGGCCUGCGUAUGUCGAUGCCAGCGCUCACGCGGCCAUCCAAUCGUACCUUCCGAAUAAAGCAUUGGCCCUCCGGUUGCUCGAGCCCCUUCUUGGACCCCCGGUCCGCCUGGGAUUCAAGAGCUUUCACAGUCCGACCGAGCCUAUAGGCAGAGUCAUGACUGAGAUCGCACUGGGGAGACAUCAAGAUCAAUUUGUGGCUGGUAAAGGUGUACAAAUGGUCGGCCGCUUCCCAAUUAUUGAGAACACCGUAUUGCGGCGUCUAGCUGGUCUCCAAUGAUAUUUGUUUAUUUUUGGGUUUUCCCUACUCUGUAUUACUAUACGAGAAUCCUCUCAAUGAUACCACUUAAUAAUAUUAUAUGAACGCAAGUUUUGUCACUCGGGCCCUUGGAGCCCUUGA